AACAGCUGGAUCCGCCCACACUGAACCACAGCCAAGAAACCCCAAACCCAAGAAACUCCGCUAGAAUGAAUCUAUCUUUAAAAAAUGUUCAUAUUUCUCCGUUUCAUAUGCACGGACAGGAGCUGUGAUCCGCGGAUCCUGAGAGUUUGAUCUCUGGUUAUUGCUACCAAGAGGAUGGGGUGCUGGGCUAUCUCAACUGUGACAUCUGUGCUGUUUCUUUCUUUCAAUAUCCACGCUCUGACCCAUGCAGAUUUCGUUCCUGUGAGCAAUUUGUGUCAGUGGUGCGACUAUUCCAGCCCGGUGUGUGAAGACAAUGUGUGCUACAGUAACUGUUCCUUCAGCUCCUUCUGUGAAUACCAGAAAGAAAUCUGCGUGGCGAUAUGGAAGCAGGACAACAAGAGUAUUAGCGUCAGGACCAUGUGCCAUGACCCUCAGCUCCCAGUGGAGAACGCCACGGUUCCCAAUUACACCACCAGAGAGUGCCUCAUGGUGCAGCAGCCAUCGGAGGAGGGAGCACUUUACAUAUGCGGGUGUAUGGGUGAACAGGAGUGCAAUGACAAGCUGAUAUUCGAAAAGGGUGACAACGGCUAUGCAAAGCUGCAAAGCAAAGAGGUCAUUCCUGUUGCGGUGAUCAGCUUGCUUCCACCUAUUCUGGUGGCCAUGCUGGCAACCAUGGUCUUUUACUUGUACCGCACCCGACAGCAGAGGAAAGAGGCCUGGCCUGCAAAACACACCCAGCGCCAAACCCUGGACCUUCCAGAGAACAGGGACUCUGCGGAAUACGAUGGGAAGCUGUCUGCCAUGAUCGACGACAGCCACUCUGACAUCUCUUCCACCUGCGCCAACAACAUCAAUCACAACACUGAGCUGCUGCCCAUUGAGCUGGACCGCGUCGUGGGGAAAGGCCGGUUUGCAGACGUCUGGCGGGCCAGGCUAAACCACAAUGCCUCGGGCCAUUACGAAACUGUAGCUGUGAAGAUAUUCUCUGCAGAGGAGUACCACUCCUGGAAGAGCGAACGCAAGAUCUUCUCGGACGCCAACCUUAAGCAUGAGAGCGUGUUGCAGUUCCUGACAGCCGAGGAGAGAGGCACAGGCCCGCAGAAGCAAUACUGGCUCAUCACAGCCUACCACAGCUUGGGCAACCUACAGGAGUACCUGACCGACCACGUGCUGAGCUGGUCGGAGCUCCUCUUAAUGGCGGGUUCUCUGGUGAGUGGCGUGGCCCAUCUCCACAGUGACUACACUGCGUGCGGCACUCCCAAAAUCCCCAUUUCUCACCGGGAUAUCAAGAGCUCCAACAUUCUGGUGAAGAGCAAGACGGAGUGUGUCCUGUGUGACUUUGGCCUGGCUUUGAGACUGGACCCUUCUCUCACUGUAGAGGACUUUUCCAACAGCGGACAGGUUGGCACUGCCCGCUACAUGGCCCCCGAGGUUCUGGAGUCUCGUGUGAACCUGGAGGAGCUGGAGUCCUUCAAGCAGAUGGAUGUGUAUUCCAUGGCCCUGGUCCUGUGGGAAAUGGCCUCUCGUUGUGAUGUAAUUGGAGAGGUGAAGAGCUACGAGCCACCAUUUGGGUCUCAGGUGUGUGAGCAUCCCUGCGUGGAGAGUAUGAGGGACCUGGUCCUGAGAGAGCGGGGCCGGCCUGACAUCCCCAGCAGCUGGCUGCUACACCAGGGGAUGCAGUUCCUGUGCAACACUAUUGGGGAGUGCUGGGACCACGACCCAGAGGCCCGACUCACUGCGCACUGCGUGGCUGAGCGCUUCAGCGUGAUGGGGCAGAUGGAGGAGAAAGACAAUCUCAACAACAACAAUCACAAUACCAGCACCACAGGCACGGAGCCCUGGAAACCUGACAGCAAUACCCAGGAAACAGCACCCUUCCAGGGGGUUCCAUCUGUGAUACUGGUGACAGAGGUGUGAAGAAGCACUGCCACAUGAAGGGACAACAGCACACCACUUGAGCCGUUAUUGCCGUGUAUCAAGUAUCACAAAACUGAAAAGGUCAGUCCAACUUGAAUUAGUUUACAGUAAAGCACUCCUUAUACAAUGUAUCAGUGAUAAUUUACUGAAGUCCACCUCAUUACGAGAUGAAUCACAAGCUGCAACCUAUGGAAAGUUGACUGGAACAUGCAAAGCAUAAUCUUUGUAAACUAUUGCAUGCAACUUGAUUGCUGACAGGAAAAAGCCACAGGUCUGUGCAGAAUAUGCACCAGUUAUAUCUGGAAGACCUCUGUGUCUGUCUUUUAAAUGUAUAAUAACACCCCAAAAACAAAUACCCCUGUGCACACUUGUUUUAUUCUAAUGUUGCAAUUUGAAUAUGAAUUGCAUUUUAAGCAAUAUUUAAUCUAAUGUGUACGUGUAAUGUGCUUGCAGGUCUUGAGAAGCUGCGGUGUACUGGAGAUAUACUCUUCACCAUGUGGUUGAUCGUAAGGAUCUUCAGAGUACCUUUAUUAAACCAUAAGUAGCGUUACAUGUCUCCACGGGGUGCUACAACUGUUUAAAUAACACACCUGUAGUGAUUUAGAGGACAGAUCUCAAACCGCAGUGAACUGGACAAGCCAUUUUAAAAGGGCUUUGAAACAGGCUUUAAAGUUAUAAGUGUAAAAUAUUGUCAGGACGUUAAUGUUACUUAAACAGAUGUUGCACCACAUGGGGGACGUGUAUCUCUUCCUCUUUAAAUGCCAUGUUAAAGGCUCUGCUGUUGUAUGUUCUUUCUGCAGCAGUGCAGUCCUAAGCGCUCUCAUCUCCUUGAUUCACAGUGUACACUAGUCUUGGGCUUUAGGGAACGCAAGUGGUUAUAGCCAAUAGCUUCCAUCCAAGCUGGGGAACAAACCCAGUCCCAAGAUGUCCAUUCCUACCUGAUCCCACUUCAUACUUUAGCUUUACAAGGAACCCAACUUUAUGGCAAGUGCAGUGGAUCUACAAGGUAAACGUGCAGUUGUUGAGGCACCAAACAUCAUGGUCACCCUGUGUUGAGCUCUUUUUAUAUUGGAUUUGCAUGGUGGUGUUUUUUCAGUAAGGCGGCCCGCCUGCCUGUGUGGGAAAGCACUGCAGGCUCUCAGAGCUGGCAGGCUAUCUGGGGUUGGCUCCCCUCUCCGUGGAGAAAGCUUAACACAGGGUAUUCCAGAGCAAUGCACUUGCUGCCAGCCUGUGGAAAAAACUGCUUCAGUCAAACGAUUUAUUGUAACAACACACUGCCAGGCUGUGAAUUCUAAAUAUAACAGAUUUUUGAGCUUUCCUGAUGGCAAGGGAACGAUUUGAUCACCUCCUACUAAACACAACUGUUAAUCCCACCAGGAACUUGAAAUCAGUGUGCUACAGCCUGGUGGAUAGUGCAAGGAGAUCCUGGUUUAGAAUUUAAAAUACAGUUAGAGCAGGAAGGUAAAAUGUGUUUCAGUUUUCUUCUAUAGUUCUAUUGCAAGGUCUCUUUCCACCUGUUCCUGGGUUAUCACAUAAGCUCAUUGUACACUGUUCCAUGCUGCUCUGUAAUAGCUUGAAAUCCAUUUUUAAAGCAUCUUGUUUUACAUGCUAGUGAUAUAGAAUUAGUCUUCAGUGUUCAUAUAUAUGGGGAAAGAACAAAGUUGCAUUUCACCCGUUUUCUCAAUUGAUUACAUUAUGUUUAAUGUGAACCGGUUUCACAUCUGUACAGAUUUUAUAUUCAGUGACAAUUUAUAUAAUAGAUUGAUUGCAAGUUAUUAAUCUCAUUAAGCUUCUUUUUUUAUGAAAUAAAGUAUUUUUUAUUUUGUCCUUUUCUUCUUACUGUUUUCAUUUCAAAUUAGUAAUUAAACUCAAAAGGAGUUUUGUUUAAGUGGUAAGGAGAACAAGGAAACAGCCAGAAUAUCUCAGCGACUCUGGUCGAUUUGAACACUUCACAACACUAGGGACUCCUCCUGAAUUGCAUCAAACACCUAUCUGUGGUUAUCUUGGAAUUACCACUAACAGGCACAUUCCUCUGAAGCAGAAGAGGAGAGCCCAGUUUCUGUAAAUAAAUGGACUGCCAUCCGACUUGCAAUUCUAUAGCGCUGUAUUUUCAGUCAGACUUUUUAGGUGUUGGCUCUAGGGCUGGUGUUUUGGCUUACUUCUUAUGUUGAGCUACCUUGCCUUAAUGUUUUGUCUGAAAACUUAAGAUAGAAAUAGGGUACAAGUUGUCCAAAAUGGACUGGGACCCACAAAAGGAGUAAUGUCUAAUUGCAGCCACAGCAGUGUUGUAGGUACAGGUACAGGUGUAUCAAUCUGCCCUCACCAGAGGGACACACAGCCACCAGGCAACAUUGCGAAGAGCCACUUAACAGCACAGAUAUGUUCCUUGAAUUUAAAAUAAAUUAAGGUUGUGGCAUGUCCACUUAAAGAGAUAUGUUCAUUUUCCUAAUUUUAUCAAAUUUAUCAGUUUGGAUGGGACAACAUAUUUAUGAGGAGAGCAAUGCAGCAUAUAUCUACGAUUUAAAACAACUUAAAAAAUCGCAGAAACUGUGAGGGCUGGUAUUCUAGUAUGGUAUUAGUAUUAUAAUGUGUUUGGGGGCAGCUGGACUCUCUGCAGAAAGGUUUGUACAUGCUAUGAGGUUUCAUUACUGGCCAAGAGAAGACUUCAAAUUACUGCUGGAGCAUCACG